AAAACGUGAUCAGAGUUUGGGGAACAAUUUUCAAGCAUUUUCUCAUGUCAUAACAGCCCCAGCGGGUACUUGGACAAUUUUAUUUCAUGGAAAGAUUCAACAGUCGAUCUCACCGAUUCUAUUCUCCAGACAUCAAUGAAACUGACGAGGAGAACGCCUAUCUACCGUUUUCUGCUGGUAAUCUGCAUAAUCGUGACAACAUGUUACUAGGUCAUCAUCAUCAUCAUAUGUCAUUCUUUUCAACGGCUUCCUCGAAUUCAUCCUUAUCCUCAGGAUUAUCAGACACGAACUCCACGCAUCAUUUAGGCCAGACAGCAGCUAUUGGCAGCACUACAACAAAUCGAUUUGGUCUUACUGAUGGUCUAUUAUUAAUGAAUGCAGAGCAUGCAGAGAAUAUUGGCCAAUCUUUGCAUGAUAUCUGUACAAAUUCAAGUGCCACGUCUAGAUCUGCUGUCUACAAUAGUAGAUUAACUGCUGCCUUUAAUAAUAAUAAUAAUAAUGUUCACAACGAUGAUGAUGUUGAUGAUGAUUACACCGGUGUCGACGAGAACCUGCUGACGCUUUCAAGUCGUGACAAUUAUCGAAGUGUGUACAACAAUGGGAAUUUUAUACAGAAUACUAGAAGUUGUACUACUGCUACUAUUAAUACUAUGAGUAGUAUGGACAACAACAACAACAACUGUAAUCACAUGCAUGAAUAUGAUAUGCUAUCACCGUACUGUUCAAUUGUUUCAUUUCAAAAUAAUAAUCUAGAUGGACAGAACUUCUGUAUUGAUUGUCGUUAUAAUCAUGUAAGUCUAGGCGUACAAACGUGUUCCUGUCCGUGUCAUAAUGAGUCGAAAGAGGUCACAGUUACACCGAUUCUUAAUUACACUUAUACACCAACAAUAACACCAACCACUACUACUAAUACUACUACCAUUAAUAGUAAUAACAAUCGUAGUAUUCAUUCAUUAAAUCGACCAUUAUCCUCUGACAACUAUCCAACACCGACAAAACAUUCAUCGGCAUCAUCAUUAUCAACAAUAACACAUCCUGGCCUACCAUCGCUUACAAACGCAUUCACGGAACAAUACAGUCAUCAUAAUUCUGUUAACAAUACUAAUGCAUUUGGUUAUUUUCCUAUUUCACCAUCGAUUUUAACCAGCAACAGGUCAUCGAAUGAUGAUAAUGAUUCAGCAUUAGCACGUGAUUCACCGUCUCCAUCAACGCUCGAUUUGACCGGUGAUAUCAGAACUGUAAAUUUUAUCUCCCACGAUCAACCUCCAUUGAGAACAUGA